AUGAAAUUAUUGGAAAGUACAGGCCAGAUGUCCAUGUUAGACCCAAUGGUAUUAAAUAACACAAGAAAAGCGCAAGUCGAAACGAUCUUCUUUAAUCGUGUCCCUAAAGUAGGAUCGCAAACUUUAAUGGAAUUGAUGAGACGACUCAGUAUCAGAAACAAUUUCGGCUUCCAUCAAGACCAAGUCCAAAGAGUGGAAACCGUCAGAUUGUCGCCAGAAGAUCAAGCUAUUCUCGCCGCUCUAGUUUCCAGUUACGACCCACCCGGAGUUUACAUUAAACACGUCUGCUUCACAAACGUUUCUAAAUUCGGCCUUCCGGAACCCAUAUACAUUAAUUUAGUGCGAGAUCCUGUUGAAAGAGUAAUUUCUUGGUAUUAUUAUGUACGAGCUCCUUGGUAUUACGUGGAGAGAAAAAUCGCUUUUCCAGACAUACCGUUACCGGACCCCAAAUGGUUAAAGAAGGAUUUUGAGCAAUGUGUACUUUCAAACGACCGUGAAUGUCGAUAUGUGACGGGCGAGGUGAGGGAAGGAAUUGGGGAUCACAGGCGUCAGUCUAUGUUCUUCUGUGGUCAUCAUCCCGAAUGCCUGCCUUUUAACACCGAAGGCGCUUUAGAGAGAGCUAAAAAUGCGGUCGAGCGAAAUUAUGCCGUCGUAGGUGUAUUGGAGGACUUGAAUACAACACUGACAGUAUUGGAAAAUUACGUUCCUAGAUUUUUUAAAGAAGAAAUUAGCCGUUAUAAUCCGAUCAACAAGAACAUUUUUAAGCCUAUAGUUAGCGAAGAAGUGAAGAAUAUAGUGAGAAAGAAUUUUACCAAGGAAAUUGAGUUCUACGAGUUUUGUAAACAGAGACUACACAAGCAAUAUUUAGCUUUGAAGCUUCCCGAGUCAAUUACGUAA